UUGUAUCGCCUUUAAUGACUGUAAAUACUUUGGUAUAGAAUAUACUGAAGGUGAGAAGAGUAAUUACUUGUUGGAUUGCCGGUUAUUUAAACUUUAGGAAAUCCGUUUGUUCUCCUGCUCUGCCAUUCCAUGCCUACACUUAUGAUUUGUUGGAGACGUGCGGAACAAACACAUGCAUUUAAAAUAACAUCUGUGUAGACGAAGGAUUUUCACGAUGCUUUAAGAGGACCGAGGCGAAGUUUCGAAGUAAGACAGAAUGGAGGUCCGUACAGUCGGGGCUGAGACUUUCGUGGUGUCUUGUGUUGCCACUACUCUUGGAAUUGUGGUCACUGUGGCGUUCUUAACAUUCAAUGUAUUUCACCGCAACAAAAGGUUCAUCAAAAUGUCGAGCCCCAAACUGAACGUGUUGAUCAGUGUAGGAGGGCUGUGCCUGAACAUUGUCUGCUUAAUGUUUGGGAUGGAUUUCUUCCUAGCAGAGCGCUAUCCGGAGGCUACCGUUACUUGCCAGAUCAGACUCUGGUUGAUAACCAUAGGAGUUUCCUUAGUUUUUGGUCCUAUGUUUGCCAAGGCCUGGAGAGUUUAUCAGAUUUUUCAAAACGCUGGAGUCAAACGAGUGGUAAUAAAAGACAUUCGUCUCUUUCUAAUGGCAUCCGCUUUCGUCUUCGUUGAUGUGGUCAUCUUGACAAUCUGGCAGGGUGUGGACACGAUGACAUCAAAGGAAACUAAAUACCUUAUGAUUACUAAUGGCGGCGGGAAACAGAGCAACUCCUCGGGAUCGGAGUACGUUUUAAUACAGGAGUGCUCUUCCCAUGGAACCUCGGGGUGGCUGGCAUUUCUGUUGCUAUGGAAAACAUGUUUACUGGGAUACGGGCUGUAUUUAGCGUGGCAGACGAGAAAUGUGACCCUGCCAGCGAUGAGAGAUUCUCCCAGUAUCAUCAUCAGUAUUAUGUCUACACUACUGUUAUCCGCUCCCACCUUCAUGCUGACGUCCUUGUUAAGGCAUUCUCCGGAUGGAAUCUACAUCACGGAAAUUCUUAUCAUUACCGUGUGUUCAACUGUAGUGCAAAUCACCGUGUUCUUACCAAAGGUGCAGUUUUGGUGGAAAUCCCCGCUGGAAAAGCAGUCUAAAUUGUCGGUGACGAUGUAUGAUUUGAAGAAGUCCUCUACGUCUACCCAAGAUUUGGAUAUCUAUCAAAUUCAAUCAGAGAAUACUCUUUUGAAAAUCAACAUGAAAGAGAAACUCGUACAAAUUAAAGAUCUCGAAAGGAAAGUUUCUCAUUUAGCACAGCGAUUAUCUGCUGUAAGCAAUGACGAUGAUCGCAGGGACAGUGGAUUGGAUGUCGACCUCGGGAUAUCAGAUAUCAAAGACGAACCCUGCACCAUGGACUCCAGUUUAAGGACAGAUCCGGAUUCAUCCAGAGUUGUGGAACCUGAAUCAUACACAGACGUCUUAACGACAGAAGAGGGCGGGACACCACAAGCGGAUGCGUUCGAUCGGACUCAGUCGGACACCUCCGGAAUGAAGUCUUAUAAAGCAAAAAAGGAAAAGCGGAGGCGGAAAAAAAUGCUGACAUCAACACCGGAUAUUUACAAACAGUGUGAAAAGAAUGGGCAAGUUUUGAAUAAAUCUGACGAUUUUUUCGACGUAGAAAAUUCAAAUGCUCGCUUCAUGUCCAGAUGUUGGACAUUUUCUUCAAUGCGCUCAAGACAAGAUAUCGUUGGCUCAGUGACAAAGUGUUACGAUCUGGAGGACAACGAAGACACUUUUUCAUAUGUCAGUACAUACCUUCCACCCCCUCCUCCUUCUGAACAGAUCGAGUUUUCUCUCAGAAACAAUUCGUUGUGUACUGUCAAUGACAAUGCCGUUCUGAGCAAUGACAUGCUUUACCCCACCCCUCACGGCGAAUCUUCUACUUCUCCUCGUAUCAAGGAACCGGAAAUUAACGGCAACACUAUAUUAAAUGACAACUGUAUUACCCUCGACAAAACUUGCUAUGUAUAG